AGAAGCAGAAGACUGGGGUGGGGUGGGGAGGGGCGCUCAAUAUUUUUCCUGGACUCUUGCAAGGCGAGAGAUGCGGCGGGACCGGCUGGCCGGGGCUCUGCCCGGUUCUGUGCCCAAGAGUUGGCGGUGAGCGACCCCCGCGCCGGGAGUCCGGGUCCGGGCUCUCCCAGCGAGGAAUCCAAGGCGAGGACCCCGGGUGCCGCCGCCUGGGCCAGGGAGGGGCUGAAAUCAGAGCUGGGGAGGCGUUCUCCCCCACCCCCGCCCUCAGCCCCGGGCUGUCACCCUUCAGGGGCCGGGAGUCGAGGCGGGCGAGGCGAGAGCAGACUUAGAGAGGUGGCGGCCGCGAGUCGCACGGGGUGCUGAGGCAUCUGAUGUCCCUACCGUUUAUCUGCCAGACGACCGGGCGAUUUAUGCAACAGUAUCCUGUUUCAGCACUGCCAAGGCUAUGCGAGAACGCGGCCGGGACAGCCUGGCAGGACUCGUGCUGUAUGUAGGACUCUUCGGGCACCCCGGGAUGCUGCACAGGGCCAAGUACAGCCGCUUUCGGAACGAGUCCAUCACGUCCCUGGACGAAGGCAGCCCCGGAGGCUCGGUCGGGAACAAGGGCUCGCAGCCUCCCUACCCCGUCCUGGCACCUCACCUGCCGGCUGAAGAUGCCACCUUGCCGUCCCAGGAGAGCCCCACCCCACUGUGCACCUUGAUCCCUCGCAUGGCGAGCAUGAAGCUGGCCAACCCGGCCACUUUGCUGAGUCUGAAAAACUUUUGCCUGGGUACCAAAGAGGUGCCCCGGCUGAAGCUCCAGGAAAGCCGGGACCCGGCUCCCAGCAGCCCCGCUUCCCCGGAGGCCAGCCUAAGUGGAACCGGGUCUGCAGCACCGCAGCAGCCGGACCUGGCGGGACAGAGGGCACCCGCUUUUACCCCCGAUGUGUGUCCGCUUCCCGGCCCUGGGGAGCCAGCCCUCAGGAGCAAGCAGGACAAGCACUUUCUGCAGCACCUGUUGGGAAUGGGCAUGAACUACUGUGUGAGGUACAUGGGCUGUAUUGAAGUGCUGCAAUCAAUGAGGUCACUGGAUUUUGGAAUGAGAACCCAAGUUACAAGGGAAGCAAUAAGUCGCCUAUGUGAAGCUGUCCCUGGGGCAAAUGGAGCCAUUAAAAAGCGAAAGCCUCCAGUUAAGUUCCUAUCAACAGUUCUUGGCAAAAGUAAUCUUCAGUUUUCGGGAAUGAAUAUAAAACUGACCAUAUCAACGUGCAGCCUCACACUGAUGAACCUUGACAACCAACAGAUUAUUGCAAAUCAUCAUAUGCAGUCUAUUUCAUUUGCCUCUGGAGGGGAUCCUGAUACUACAGACUAUGUUGCCUACGUAGCUAAAGAUCCAGUUAAUCAACGAGCCUGUCACAUACUGGAAUGCCGCAAUGGAAUGGCCCAAGACGUGAUAAGUACCAUAGGGCAGGCUUUUGAACUCCGGUUUAAACAGUACUUGAAAAAUCCUUCUUUGAACACUUCUUGUGAAAGUGAGGAGGUGCAUAUUGAUGGCCAUGCCGAGGAGCGAGAAGAUCAUGAGUAUUAUAAUGAAAUUCCAGGGAAACAGCCACCUGUAGGUGGUGUUUCAGACGUGCGGAUCAAAGUUCAAGCCACAGAACAAAUGACUUACUGCCCCAUACGGUGUGAAAAGUUGUGCUAUUUGCCUGGAAACUCCAAGUGCAGCAGUGUAUACGAGAACUGUUUAGAACAAAGCAGGGCAAUUGGUAAUGCCCAUGACAGAGAGAUUUCAUUCCAACGAGACUCUUCAUUACUGAAGCACACAUGUCGAGUCGAUCUCUUCGAUGACCCCUGCUACAUUAAUACGCAGGCUCUUCAAUGUACACUUGGCUCUGCUCGACAUCAAAACUCACCUCAACCACUGGGGAGCCCAUGGUACUGUGAAAAGGCACCAGAAACUGUUCAGCCGGGCGCCACAGCCCAGCCUGCCAGCUCACAUUCUUUGCCACACAUUAAGCAGCAGCUGUGGAAUGAAGAAUGCUACCAUGGCAAGCUGAGCAGGAAGGCAGCAGAGAGCCUCUUGGUAAAGGAUGGGGACUUUUUGGUUCGAGAGAGUGCAACAUCCCCUGGCCAGUAUGUGCUGAGUGGACUUCAAGGAGGCCAGGCAAAACAUCUUCUUCUGGUGGAUCCCGAAGGCAAGGUGAGGACCAAGGAUCAUGUAUUUGAUAAUGUUGGUCACCUUAUUAGAUACCAUAUGGAUAACAGUUUGCCAAUCAUCUCUUCUGGAAGCGAAGUAAGCCUUAAACAACCAGUGAGAAAAGAUAAUAAUCUGGGACUUUUGCAUUCUAACAAAUGACAGUAUUGAAGCAUCAUCACAUUGAUAUUUUAAGACACUCCAUUUUGUGUUAGGACACAAAGAUAAUCAAAUUUUGUUUCUAUGUAAUGUAUAGCACAAACUGUGAAGUGCAUCUUUCCAAGACUAUCAUGGACCAGGUCCUUUAUAAAACAAAGAACUAACAAAAAUUGAUCUUCAGAAAUGAAUAUCAGAAAAGAGGAAGAGGAUUUGUUCAUUUGAAAGUAAAUUAUACAUAAGCACGAAUGUCACUUUUUAAGGUCAUAUUGCAUUGAUAACAAGUUAAAAGCACAAUUAAAAUUUCACAUGCUAAAGACAAUUUGAACUGCUGGGGCAGUGGUAUGUGCCUUUCAACUUGAUAAUUUGGGGACAUUUUCAUAUUGGGGAGAUUAGUUCUAAGUGUCUUCAUGUUCUAUAACUACAGAACCAUUUGCCAAAAGAAAUUUUUUUCUUGCUACAGAAGAUAAGCAAUUUGCUUGAUAGUUAUUGACUUUACUAUUUUCUGUUUAGUAGCAUUUUUACUGCAAUUUUAAAAUAAAUAUGACAUUGAACUCAGACUUAGUUUAUGCCAGUGGAAUCAGAUCAAAAGCCACUGAACUCAUUGGUCUGUCCUAUUUGCUAGUUAAGAGGUUGGGGCCCAAAUUCUCUGGCCUAGCAUUUCUCACUAUUUGCUUUUCAGACUGUUCGGAUACAGUAUGUAACAAAUUGAAGAGGCCAAAUCUAUCAGUCGUUUCUGAUUUUAUCAUAUUCUCCCUUUCUUCCCAUUUCAAAAAAAAACACUCAUGAGUGCAUGGAUGUAAAAGAUGGCAAACAAAUCCAGUGUUUUACAUACUUAAUAUUCAAAUUAGUUUCAUUCUUAGUGAAAGUACAGAAUCUAUUUUAAAAUAUAGGGAAAGUUCUUCCUGAUUGCCACUUAACCAUAGUUUCUCAUCUGUGUAUAUCCUUAACACCUUUUAUAGAUGUAAUCACACAAAAUGCGGAAGGGAGAAAACAUACUAAAUGAAGUCAUUGGAAAGAUUUGGCACAAACAGACCAACUGGUAAACUGAUAGUUAAGUAAGCAUUGUGUUGGGAAGAGUACUAGGCUGGGGCUUCUCAGUAUGGCCUCGAACAAAUUUGAUUUGGAUUCCAGUUUUUUUUGUCUAUAAAGUGAAAAAGAUAGGGGAGGUGAAUUCAGAGGUCCACUUCAGCCCUAACUUAGAAUUAGUCUAUAAAAAGCAAGUUUUCAUUUUCGAGGGGUUGCUAUUGAUAACCAGUCUGUAUGUGAAGGUAAAAAAAUAAGUUUUGUUUUCUUCUUUGGUCUGUGUCUAUACUCACAGAAUGAAUGUCAGUAUUCACAUAAUUUAGACACCAAAUCUUUCAGUCUAAAACAUCGUCAGUUUGGAAUAAUAUAGAUAAUGAUGGUAAAGAUGUGGAUUUGGUUUGUUUUGAGUAGCAGAAAACUGCUUUGGUUCUUCAUUUGCCUUUGUAUAUAGAGAUAUGGCCAUCCCAUAAAGGUUUUUUUUUUUUUUUUAAAUUCUGUAUUAUCUGAACAAUUGCCUUAACUCCAUUUCUUUUAGCUGUGUGGAUACAACUUAGUUUUUGUGAUUGAGAUAUAGCUCCUCAGUUUUAAAUAAAAUACGGUAAACUUAUUUUGUAUAGAAUCAUCAGAAACCAAGCACACUGAACUCUAAUAUUUUUAAGUAAAGGCUUAUGAUUUUAUUUUAUUUCCAUUGAUUUUUAAGAUGGAUUUGUUUCCUUUUAUUCAACUAGGAAAUAAUGUAUUUUCAUUAGUUUUCCAUAUACCUUAGUUCUUGAUCAGUUGUCCUCAUAAAGGGCAUCAGCUUAUAGAUAGUAGAAAUUUAUGGGUAAUCUAGUAACCACUUUUAUCAGAGACUUGGCAAAACUGUGGUCUCAGUCUGGCUAAGCAGAGUAUUAAUUGAGUAGCAAAAAAGAGUUCCUUAUACAAAUAGAUGCAGAGAGUGUAAAUGGUGUCAGCAGUAUACAUGGAUAAUCAAUAUUUGGCUGUAAUGGUAUGUUAGCUAGGUAAGCAAAGACUGCACUUAAAAAUACCACAGACACAGUUAAAAGGAAACAGUAAAAGAAAUGCCUGCAUGCUAUUUUAAUCUCACCUUAUCUUUGUCUUAAAGUGGAAAUACAUUUGCAUAUAAAUACCUGUAAAUGACUUUAAAAAAAAAUAAAUUGCUUUGUGACAA